AUGCCAGUAUUGAAAAAGACAAAAGGGAGCAAAUCCUGGCAGAAAAUUGCUGAUGAGGCACAGGCACUUCGCGAUCAAAGCCUAGUCGAUGUUGGAAUAACCAUUUCAUUACCACCUCGGCUUCCAACAAACGUCAUCAAUAUUCCGGAAAAAGUUUUGUCAGAGAAAAAUAUUCGAAUAACAUCUUUAUCGCCCCAAGCGCUUAUAGAUUUAAUCUCUAGCGGCAAAUUAUCAGCUCGGGAAGUGGUACAGGCCUUCCUAGAAAGAGCCGUGGCUGCUCAGAAGCUCACGAACUGCCUGACUGAACUUCUCCCGCAACGAGCUAUUUCUCGAGCUGCCGAGCUCGAUAACCACCUUUCUCGAUGUUCCAUUCCAAUUGGUCCUCUUCAUGGUUUGCCCAUAAGCAUCAAAUCCCAUAUCGGCAUUGCUGGUCGGCCUCUUACCUACGGUUAUUGCGCCCCAUUCCACUCACGUACCCGUCCUGUAUCAGAUUCAUUGGUGGUACAAAUUCUCACGCGUGCUGGAGCCGUCGUCCAUGCCCGAACAACUGAGCCUCAAAGCAUGAUGCAGCUUGAAUGCGCCUCAAAUAUAUAUGGAAUCACCACGAAUCCGUAUUCUCACGUCGCUCUGUCUUCAGGUGGCUCGUCUGGUGGUGAAGGAGCGCUGCUAGCAUUGCGCGGCUCGGUCCUAGGCGUAGGCAGUGAUGUGGGUGGAUCGAUUCGUGUCCCAGCUGCUGCUUGUGGGAUUUAUGGGUUGAAGCCAACAGCAUUUCGGGUACCAACGACUGGCUGGAGCAGUACUCCGCCGGGAGCAGACCCAAUUGUAACGGUGCUGGGUCCGAUGGGCGUUAAUCUGGAAGUGUUGGAAAUAUUCAUGAGAGUCGUUGUGGCUGCAGAAUCAUGGAAUAUCGAGCCAGCAAUCAUACCCUUACCAUGGAAAACAGUACACAUAGACCCGACCAGAGAGAAGCCGCUGCGUUUGGGGAUAAUAUGGCACGACGGAAUCGUCCAGCCACAUCCACCAGUGCAGAGGGUGCUCAGAGAGUUUGCAGAGAAAGUGAGCGGGUUGCCGCAGGUAGAGGUGGUUAAUUUUCCGGCCUAUAAGCAUGACGAAGCGUGGGCUAUUGUGUCUAGCUUAUACUUUACUGAUGGAGGCGAUGCUGAUAUUGCGAUCAUGGCUGAGUCGGGAGAGCCAUGGCUGCCAUUAACUGAGUGGAUCAUGAAGGAAAAUCCUGGGGUGAAGAAGCUGAGCCGCGGGGAGCUAGAGUACUGGCUAGAAGAGCGAGAGGAAUUCAGGUUGGAGUAUUCCCAUCAUUGGAAUAAAACGGGGCGUUGGAAUGAUGUUUCUCGAUUAUGGGAACACACUGUUGAUGCUAUAAUAUGUCCAGUUGCACCUGGAGUGGCGACUCAGCAUAAUACAGCAAAGUAUUGGACAUAUACAGCAGUGUGGAAUCUACUGGACUAUCCUGCAUUGACUUUUCCUGCUGGAAGAGUUGAGAAAGAAAUUGAUAUCAAGGACAAUCGGAAACGAUUUCUGAGUGGCUUGGACGAGGAGAACUGGCAGCUCUACAACCAUGAGACAUUCCACGGUAUGUCCGUUGGUCUGCAAAUUGUUGGCCGCAGAUUUGAGGAUGAAAAGAUCAUUGCUAUUCUAAAGUUUCUUGAAAAAUAUAUUUAG